GCAUCAAUUGUAUCAGACCUCUGGUUUAUGCAUUCACUUUGGCCUCUGUCUAAAGACGACUUUCUCAGCAGGCAGAAAUGACAUCUAAAUGAAUACUUGAGGUCUUCCGGGUGUGUCUGAAUGUUUUCCAGUGACAUUACGUGACGUUUGUUUUAAAGAUGUGCACCUCGACGCUAGACCUUCCCUGUCACGUCACAGGACAUGAGUUUCUGAGAGAAAGACCACGAGCUGAAAAUGUUCCACUCAAUUGAACCAAUCACUGCUCUGCUGCCCUUUAAUGGUGAAGUCGAUCUAGUCACUAUCACGGAAAUACACACCAGCGACUCUCUGACACCAUUCAGACCCUGCUACUCUCUGACAACAUCAGACCCUGCUACUCUCCGAUAACAUCAGAACCUGCUACUCAGACAGAUGGACAGGUUGGGGGUUGCUCUCAUCACAAUCUCAUUUUUAGGCCAACUUGUAGGUGCUGUUUCCUCCGGUCAAGAUGGGAUCUCUGAAUUAGAGGUGGAGCUGAUAGUCAGACCAGGAGACAAUGUGACUCUUUACUGUGACUGCAUGACAUCCACUGGAGUAGAUAUUUUGUGGUAUAGGAACUGCUCUCACAAGCACCAGCCUCCUCUUGUUAUUUCAUCUUACAGGGAUCACCUAAUACCUUUUGAUCAAUAUUUUCUAAAUUUUAUUCCUCGGUUUACCUUGUUGUGGAACCUCUCUAACAACACCUAUGAUCUACUGAUUGAGAACAUCACUGAAUCUGACCUGGGACUCUACUAUUGUGGGACUAUGGAGACUAAGGUGAACAUUGGAAAAUCUAUUGAAAAACAACGAUUUUACAACUAUGGAAAUGUCACCACAAGGCUUUCAUUUGACAUCAGUCCAACCAAGCCCUCCUCCCCUCCUGAAGACUGUGGGGUGUGUUGGACUCUGAUGUUCAGUCUGUGUCCUGUGUCUGCGCUCCUCUCCUCUCUCCUCUCCUCCUCCUGUGUUUACUCCUUCUGCAGAAAAAGAAACGCAACAAUGGAGACAGCAGAGGUUCCUCUGAACAGGAUCAACACCACAGGAAGUGGCAGCAGAGAGAAGGAGGAACAAGACCUGUGUUACGCCUCACUGGAUAUCCGCCAGGGACAGAAGAGACCAAAGAAGAAGAAAGUGCAGAACUCUGACUUCAGUACUUAUUCAACCAUCAAAUACCAGCAGAGUGUGACCUAAACCAGCCAACAAUACAAGCAAAGUGUGACCUAAACCAGCCAUCAAUACCAGCAGACAGUCAUUAAAGACUUAACCAGUUGUAAAUACAAA